CGUUAUCGAUAUGGUAGUUUCUCCACCUCUAAGCGCGUCACUUUUUGAUUUAAAAACCAUUGAAAACGUAAAAUUGUGCAUGCAAAUCGAACCAAAUUGUGAUAGAAACAAAGAAACGGAGACCAAAAAAGCAGUUGUAGUGUUUGUUAAGUGAUCAGCGUUUGGGGACACGUGGAGUAUUGAAAUCCAAAGAAGCCGCCUUCGCCGGUCCAGAAAAGACGCCGAGUCUCGCAGCGCGCUCUCCGCAUUCCAUUGGUGCAUAAUUCCGGAAAGUUUCAGAACCAGACAGGAUGAGCAAGGACAUCUAUUACUCGGACAAGUACUACGACGAGCAGUUCGAAUACAGACAUGUGGUUUUGCCAAAGGAGCUGGUGAAAAUGGUGCCCAAAACCCAUCUGAUGACGGAGGCCGAGUGGCGAUCCAUCGGGGUCCAGCAGUCGCGCGGAUGGAUCCACUACAUGAUCCACAAACCGGAGCCCCACAUCCUGCUCUUUCGUCGCCCCAAAACGGAUUAGCCGGCCCUCGCAACAAAAACAACUGCAGCAGGGGCCCUCCACAUACCUAUAUAUCCGGCAGCUGCUGCCGGUAUUUUGUAUUGGCGGUGGUGGUGGUGGUGGUGGUGGUUGCUGCGGAACAACCAACUGUUGCACAAACAUCCACAACAACAACAACAACAUCACCAUCAUCAUAAUCAUAGGUACUCAUGCACGAAUCCCCCUAGAAAGUUAUUUUUUAUUCUGUGCGCUUCGUAAAACUCCUUUUAAAUAUGUUCUCCCCGCUAUCAACUGUCUUUACCUCCUACCUUUUAAUAUAGCACCUAGAGCUAAAGCUAAAUUUGCCAUUUUAACACACCUUAGUCCUUAGUCCUGGGAGAUGGGAACCACGAGGAGGUGGUAGUCCAUAAUCAUUCCUCGCCCUCCCACGAAUUUUACCAUAAAUUAUGUUGCCAUUUCGAAACGGAAGCGAAUAGAUGAACUUGCUCACUUUGAUAAGCUUAAAUGAAAUCUGAUUUGUGAUCUUGAAAUUCUUAAUCAAUAAUACAUAUGUUUACACAUAAUAUAAUGAACUUAAAAUAAAUAUGUUUAAUUUAUGGAGAAGCUUGAGGCGUUGAUUGCUUGAAGUUUUCCCAAAUCGAUCAAA